UGAAGGAGGCCCUCAGACUGGCACCAUGACAGAGUGCUUUGACUGCGACAACUGCAAGGAGUCCUUGUAUGGACGCAAGUACAUCCAGAUGGACAAAGGCCCGUACUGUAUCCCCUGCUAUGAUGCCCACUUUGCCAACACCUGUGACGAGUGCAAAGAGCUGAUCGGCCACGACUGCAGAGAGCUGUACUAUGAGGAUCGCCAUUACCACGAGCACUGCUUUCGCUGCUUCCGCUGUGACCGUUCUCUGGCUGAUGAGCCGUUCACCUGCCAAGGCGAGGAGCUGCUGUGCAAUGACUGCUACUGCAGCGAGUUCUCCUCCAAAUGCGUUGCGUGUGAGAAGACAGUCAUGCCAGGAUCCCGUAAGCUGGAGUACAAUGGACAAACCUGGCAUGAGCAUUGCUUCAUAUGCAGCAGCUGCCAGCAGCCCAUUGGGUCGCGAUCCUUCAUCCCAGACAAGAAGGAUUAUUACUGUGUUCCCUGUUACGAGAGCAAGUUCGCUCCUCGCUGCACUCGUUGCAAAAAGACCCUGACCAAGGGAGGAGUGACUUACCGGGAUGAGCCGUGGCACAAGGAGUGUUUUGUCUGCACAGGCUGCAAGACCCCCCUGGCCGGGCAGCAGUUCACCUCCCAGGAUGACAACCCGUACUGCAUCAAGUGCUUUGGGAACCUCUAUGCCAAGAAGUGCAGCGCCUGCACAAAGCCCAUCACAGGCUUUGGCGGUGGCAAAUAUGUCUCCUUUGAGGACCGUCACUGGCACCACAAUUGCUUUAACUGCGCUCGCUGCAACACCUCGCUCGUCGGGAAAGGAUUCAUCCCUGACAACGAUGAGAUCUUGUGCCGUGACUGCAGCAGUGACCUAUGAGCCUCCGAGGACACCGUGGGGCAGGGGCUUUCUCUAUUCUUCAGGGUCUUUGUGCCAGAUACCCCAACAGCAUUUCAGGGGCAGGGCACAAGGCACAGGAGAUGGGGACUGACCCCGAACCACGGUGUGUUCAGGGGGUUCCUGUGCCUCUCCCUGAAGGCUAGAGUAUGCUAUGCUAUGGCUCUGUGCGGAGUCAAAGCUAAAUAAAGUUCAAAAAGGAGCUUGAAGACCCCCCCAUUAUUUACUCUUUUCUUUUGCUUCCUGUCUGGCCAGGCACCAGCUGAGCCCAGGGCCCCAGCUGAGCAAAGGGCGGCAGCAGCAGCUUCAGUGUUGGGCUGCUGGAUCUGCACGCUGGCAGCAUGUACUUGCUCCCCGGCACAGUGCUGACUUCUCUUUUCCCCCUGUGCUUUCCUUGCUCUGUGUGAUACGAGGCAGCAGCUCC